CGGGUCGGGUCGGGUUUGCGGCAUAUUCCAUGGCCUUGAAUUGAUACGUUUGCGUCUGAGGUACAGGUAGUUCUGGCAUUUGUUUUUUACAUCUUCGAAUUCCCAAAUCGUUGCUUCCGUCGGUCUCCUCCGUGAAUUCUCGUGGUGCUUGCCUUGUCUAACCGCAAUAACACCUCGAAACCAACCUAUUGUGAAAGAGUCUUCCUUCCCUUUGAAAGAGAAGAGUCUCGUGGCUCGGUUUUCUGUUCAGAUUAGCCGAUAUACUCUCCAUUCGUUGAAUCAUGGCGGCUACCAAUGUCAUGGGGCGAGAUGAUAGCCUUCUUAUUGAUCCCCUUAGAGGUGAUACUUCUGCUUCUCGUGGCCUCUCGCUAGAGAAGAAAAUUGAGGCCCUUGAGAGCCUGACAGGACAAGUUAGUAACCGACGGUCUCGUAGGUGGUUAAAUGAUCGUAUUCUGAUGGAACUUGUUCCUCGUUUAGAUGCCCAAGAAAUUAGAGGCUUGUUUGCUCCACCACCAUGGGGUGAUGACGUGCCACCCUCAGCCUUUUCUUUGACUAAUGUUGGAGAAUGGGACAAAUUUAGAAGCAUAGACAUGGACAAGGAGGCCAAUAUCAUGGAUUCCUUGAAUCAGUCAUCCGUGAGGCAGAGAGGUCGUAUGGAUGCUGAUAAAACCGCUGUCUUGAAUGCUUGGCGAAGAAUUGAUUGUAGGACAAGAGACGCUCUUCGACGUAGCUUUUUACCAGGACUAAUCGAGGGAUAUGAGAACUGUAUAAGUCAUUUCAUCGAUGAAGGUGGUGAAGGAGAUAUCCUUGAGCUAAAGGUUCAAGACCCAUUCCAUAGAUUGCUUUUGCACGGCGUUUGUGAGUACCACAAUUUGGUAUCAACAACUGCGACAGAACAAAUAGGAAGGAUAGCAAUGAAGACAACAAGCAUCAAGUGGAAAAAGAGUGGGGAUUCAGGAGAGAAACCGAGCAUCAGCCUCGCACAUUUCCUUAGGAUGUCAAAGGAAGGAGCUUGGUAACAUCACAUGUACUCCCCUUUGUAGCUGUAAUUUUAUUAAUGAAUAAAAAAAAAAAAGCUGCAUUGGCCUCAAUUUGAAAGGCUCUUUAUGUAGCAAAAAGAUCUCAAGACUCUUUCUCUCACUUUGCUACUUCCCCUGUGUGGUCUUGUAAGCUUGUAUUGUAAUGGUUUUAUGAUUAAAGAACAAAAUAGACAAUAAAUUUUACUCUAGGAUUGUGAAUUGUACAGUCUUAUUACAACUA